GAAAAAUAGCUUUAGUCGCAGCAUCAGCCGUUUCCAAUUCUGUGGUAAUAAACCCUAAACCCUAGCCCCCCUUACGAGAAAAACCAUAAUUUAACAAAAACGCAGAGCAAGCAGAAGAAAAAGAUCGCUUUAAUCUACUUUGAUUUUCUUUUUUCUUUCACAUCUUAGUUUAUAUCAACCGCCAUCUCCGCCCUUUUAGCAAAAGCUUUAAUUAAUGGCACCUGCUGCACUUAACAAGAAAAAAGGUUCAAAGUCAAAGUCCCAGAAACCUCCACAAAAAAAGAAGCAAAAAGAUUAUCUAUUCACUGAAAAACACCCAACCAAGGAUGACAUUUUGGAUGAUUCCGAUAGCCCAGAUGAGGAAGUUGAAGAACAAGAUGAGUUUGAUGGAAAUGAAGUAGGUUCUGCUUCUGGAUCCGAUAUUCUUUCUGAUGGUGAAGGUGAUGAUCCAAUCACUGAUGAUUUUCUACAAGGAAGUGAUGGUGAAGAGGAAGGUUCAGGCUCAGAUUCUGGUAUGGAUUCAGGUUCAGAUUCAGAUUCAGAUUCAGAUGAAUCUGAUAUUGAGAAAAAGUCAAGAGCUAUUGAUGCACAAAAGGAACAAGAAGAAAAAGAUGCAGAGGAAGAACUGCGUCUCAACAUUAAUGAAGAAUCUGAUGAGUUCAGAUUGCCAACCAAGGAGGAACUUGAAGAUGAAGCACGCAGGCCCCCUGAUCUUCAAAAUCUCCAAAGGAGGAUAAGAGAGAUUGUUCGAGUGCUGUCAAAUUUGAAAGAUCUGAAGCAAGAGGGAGCUAGAAGAAAGGAUUACGUGGAACAGCUUAAGAUGGAUUUGUGUUCAUACUAUGGUUACAAUGAUUUCCUUAUUGGGGUUUUGGUGGAGAUGUUUCCAGUUAAUGAACUCAUUGAACUUAUUGAGGCUUGUGAAAAGCCACGCCCUAUAUGCUUAAGAACUAACACUUUAAAGACCCGAAGGAGGGAUUUGGCUGAUGUACUCUUAAACAGAGGAGUAAACCUUGAUCCUUUAAGCAAGUGGUCAAAGGUUGGGUUGGUUGUGUACGAUUCGCAAGUGCCUAUUGGUGCCACUCCAGAAUAUAUGGCAGGCUUCUACAUGCUGCAAAGUGCAAACUCGUUCUUGCCUGUGAUGGCCCUUGCUCCUCAAGAAAAGGAACGAAUUGUUGAUAUGGCGGCUGCACCAGGUGGUAAAACAACAUACAUUGCUGCUCUUAUGAAAAACAGUGGAAUAAUUUAUGCAAAUGAGAUCAAGGUACCAAGACUAAAGUCACUCACUGCAAAUUUGCAUCGCAUGGGGGUGACAAACACCAUAGUUUGUAACUAUGAUGGUAGGGAGCUUAUCAAGAUUUUGGGUCAUAAUGCUGUUGAUAGGGUGUUGUUAGAUGCUCCCUGCAGUGGAACUGGGGUCAUAUCUAAAGAUGAAUCUGUUAAAACCUCCAAAAGCCUUGAUGAUAUACAGAAAUGUGCCCAUCUGCAGAAGCAAUUGAUUCUUGCUGCAAUCGAUAUGGUUGAUGCAAACUCCAAAUCCGGGGGAUACAUUGUUUACUCCACAUGUUCCAUGAUGGUUGCUGAGAAUGAAGCAGUUAUUGACUAUGCACUUAAAAAAAGGGAUGUUAAACUCGUGCCAUGCGGACUUGACUUUGGACGUCCAGGGUUUAUCCGCUUUAGGGAACACCGCUUUCACCCGUCUUUGGAGAAGACAAGACGUUUCUACCCACAUGUUCACAAUAUGGACGGAUUUUUUGUUGCAAAGUUGAAGAAAAUGAGCAAUUCAAUACCCACUGCUGAAUCAUCCGAACCUUUAGAAUCAGUGGAACAAGCUUCUGAAUCAAACGAGAGCAAGAGCGAAAAGAAUACUGCAGAGCCUUUGAAGAAAAAAAGUGUUGUGAAAAUAGAAAAGGGCGCUAGGGAAAAAGGAAAGGGCCUAAGUAAUGGUGUUUCUGAUAAUGGUAAUGUCAAAUCUGCAACUGCUGCCAAGAAUACAAAGAAAAGAAAAUUUCCUUCCAGAGAUGAUAUCUCAAAAAUCAGAGAGGAGAAGAGAAAAGCUUUAAGAGAAGUGAAGAAUAAGGAAGCAAGGAAGAGCCGGAGGAAAGAAUGACAAGGUGGUGUAACUCAACAAAGCAUGAUGACUGCUAGUAGCUGUAGAACCAGUGAACUUCACCAUACCAAUAUGUCCAUUUUAUAAUAUAGUUGGAAAGGGUAUUGUCCUACAUGGGCUCGUCUAUUCUAGCCUAUAAUAUUUUGUUUCUAAUUAUUAGUAUAAAUGUAAUAGGUGGGUUUUAGUUGCCAAUUCUUUUAUAUCCAGACCUUUUGGCGAUGGAACCAAUCAUGAACAAGAUCACAAGAAUAUGGAAAUUGUGUUUCUGGUUUUCCUGAGUUAGAAUUCCUUAUUUUUCAUUUGCAUUAUGCCUGUAGUUGCUAAAUGCCUUGCUUUAAUUUGGUAUGGCAUAGACUUCAAUUUGUAAUGUCCAAUUUGCCACUUUAUUUCGUGGCUUUCUUUC